CCUUGGUGACGUCACGCGGCGGGAAGAAGUGAAACAUUUGCGAGUAUUUAUUUUUUCUUGAGUAGUUUUUUCCCCCAGACUCAUCAUGAGAACUAGGAUCGUUUCGGAAGCCAACAACUUCGUUCAGUUUUUGAAGCUGUGUCAGGAUGACAGCAAAGACUCCUGGGCUUAUCAGGAGUACAUUAAAAUAUCCAAGCGUAAUGAUGAACCUCUUCUCAGCAUGAUUGAAGGAAACCAGGAUGUCUUCAUCUGUGAGAAACCGCCUCCACCAGUUUAUGAGUCUGAGGAUGUAGAAAGUACAGAUGAGACCAGUUUCAAUGAAGAACCACCUGUUAAACUGCAAGAGCGCAACAUCAUUGAUCCACUUCCACUAAGCAUCAGUAGAGCCAGAGAGAUUUUGUCCUGGUACACCAUGUCUCAGAAUCCGAACAUGUCCCAGGUGGAUGCUCAGGUUCUGCAUCCUCUUUGGGUCCGUUGUGACAUGCAGGAUCCUGCUAACACGUCCUGGCUAGGUGCGGAGACGGUCUACACUGGCAACAAGGCCACAGCUGUUAAACUCUACACAGUCAACUGCAAAGGGUCAUCAGUGGAUGAGGCCUCAUUUAUGACAAUGGAUCAGCUAAAACAACAACACCAGAACAGACACCAUUCCACAGCGGUGGUGACAAAAGCCUGGGCCACAUACAAUCUUUUUUGUUCGGUGAAGGAAGAAAGUUUGGUUGUUGAUUCUGAGAGCAGCAUAACAGCUUACUUUACAUGGAACAAUGUAGAGAAGGUGUUGGAGAUACCACCGCUGUCAUCUACAGUUACUCUGCAUAUCAAGGUGGUAGCCGGAGAUAUCAGGAGCUCUUUGUAUCAGACCUACAGAGAGCUGGAAUUCCUUUUGACUCUAGCGAAAGGCUUGAGGAAUGAGGAGAUUGAGUGGCUGGAGCCGCUGGACACGCGGUCUGCUGUGGAUCUAACCCGAGCCCUAAUUGAAGAGCUGGAGAAUAUUGCAAAUGCAGUCCCAGGCCAGAAUUUAAAAGGAUCAGAGAACAAGAAGGUUAAAAACAACUCAGUGGUGAGUUUAGGUAGUAUGUUAAUAGAAAGAGGAGACCUGGACUUCACCGAGCAGCUCUGGGAGAGAUUGAGAAGAAGUGUGACCUCAUAUCAGGACAUAACAGACUCUCUGAAACUGGUCAUCAAAGCUGUGCGAUUUGGGCAGAUUAAACCUUGGGUCCACAGGGACAGUAACAGCUCUCUGAGUAAACUGAUAGUGCAGUCCUACCAGCAGCAGGUGGACACGGUGCCUCUCACCAGCCUCACGCCUGCCAUCAUGCUGCUGGAGCUGGGCCUGGACAAGAUGAGGAAAGACUACAUCAACUACCUCGUUGGGAAUGAGCUGACAACUCUCAACCAUCUGAGUUACUACAUCAGCAGUGAGGUGAACCUACAGGAGCAGGUGAUCAGACUGAGGAAACUGCACCACCUCAUGGAGGUCCUGGGAACCUGCAGCAGCUUUCUCAACUUGCCUCAUGAGCGCCUCUUCUUCUUCACUCAGUCAUGUUUGCAGUACUACAAAACAGCACCUUAUGACGAAGAGCAUGUGUUUCAGAUGCAAAUCAAACCUGCUCUGAUCAGCCACUUUUAUCAGACAGAGCAGCCCUCAUCAUGGGGAGUGGAGGUAUCUAGUGGGCAGGGGUCACGAGAGGUGAAGACUUCCUUGCAUCUCAGUGAUAAACCUCUAGUGGAUCAUUUCAGCUUUAUCUCAGAUGUGCCACUGGACGCCUCAGUGAACGGAGAGAUUGAGAAGACUGCAUACUUCAGAGCGAUGGUGUGCUGCAGCCUGGCCAGCUUCAGUUAGCAGAUGCACUAACCUGCAGCCAGGAGCCGGUUGCUGGAUGCACACAUCUCUGCAGCAUUCCUCUUCCACUUCUCAACCUGCCAAUAUCCAGAUGAAUCACACAUUAUCAUUACUGGUGUAUGUCUCUCUGUCAGUUCAUGAAAGUUUGCAUUAGAAGCUCAAACAUUACAACUCUCUAAAGAAUCCGAUGAGAUCUACAAACUCUUUUCAUUGUUGUACAACUUCUUGUGUAUCAUUUAUACGUGUGGGUAUAAAAAAUGUACUAUAUUUACUAUAUAAUAAAUGCCUUCGCAUCUUAGCCAUAUGAUUCCUGUUAAAUCAUAAUGCCAUAGAUUCUAAAGCAUUA